CUCACAUUAACCCGCCUCUGGCCAGCGCCCCCGACUCUGCCACCGCCGUCCCGACCGAGAGGUGUUCGGGCAGCUCGCCCGCCGCUACGCCAGCGCGCCCGGCAGAAGACAUGUCGGAGGCAAGACUCAUGGCCAGAGACCUCAUCAAGACUGUCUUGCAUGACCAGGUCCCCCGACCUCCAGUGGCUCCUGGGGCUCCCAGCAUGAAGGAGCCUGUGGAGGAAGAAAACAUUAGUCCUGUGAGAGACUUGGACCUCGUGGAGUGCCUGGAGGACAGAAACCAGGUGGCCCUGAGGCUGGCCUACAUCGGUGAUGAGAUGGACCUGUGUCUGCGGAGCCCCCGUCUGGCCCAGCUGCCUGGGAUUGCCAUGCACAGACUCGCCGUCACCUACAGCCAGACGGGUGUCAGGGGCGUUUUCAGGAGCCUGAUUCGUGGCCUCACCAACCUCAGGGAAAACAUUUGGUCCUGGAGAGUCCUGACUCCUGGCACCUGGGUGUCACCUGACCAGGCCCAAGGACAGCUGUUUCCCAUGGUGCUGUUGGUUCUCUUGCUGCUGGGCGAGGCCCUGCAUUUGCAGCUUCAGUGAAGCCCAGCGCGGGCAGGGCCGGUCCCUGCCCCUCAACCACCCCCUAGAGGUGCCGGCACCCUAACUGUGGUGUUUUCUGACAGCCCCCCCCCCCCUUUUUUUAAUAUUUAACUCAGGAUAGUGCUGAGAUUUCAUACAGGUUUUCUGAGUUUUUGUAAGGCAAAUGAAUUCACUCUACCUCAGGGGCAUUACUGGCUACAUGCCCCUGAGGCCUGGCUGGCCCCUCUCUUGACCCCUGCCUGCUUCCUCUCUGUAGGCUGGUCCUGUGGCCACCAGUGGGGGGAGUGCUGGCCACACCCCUGUUUGUGAAGCCUUGAGGCACAGAAUCUACUGGACUAGAUUCCUUGAG